ACGCUUGCUUGUAGGGCUUCGCACCGAUGGAAACGAGAUCGGGGCGUCGCCGCUCGCCUCCACCGCCACCGCCGCCGCAUGUAGCUCACCGCCGCCGUAGUCCACAAGAUGCCGACCUCAUCAGCGACCUCCCCGACGAUGUCCUCCUCCUGGUGCUGGUGCGCCUACGCUGCGUCCGUGCCGCCGCGCGCACCGGGCUCCUCUCGCGCCGGUGGCGCGGCCUCUGGACCUGCCUCCCGGAUCUCACCUUCCGUGGCGUCCCGCCCGCCACCGUCGAAUUGGCGCUCGCCAGUUUCGCUGCUUCGCCGACAGUGCCCCUCCUCGACAUCUGCAUCCGGGUGGGACAUACAGCUGCCCAAGCCAGCUCGUUGCUGCGCGCCGCCGCUGUACUCUCUCCGGCGGAGCUAUUCUUCGACUUCCCGGGGUCUAGUAAGGUAGUUCUGAGCCAGAUGGACCGCAUCGAGCUGCCGUGCUUCGACCGCACCAUAUUGAUCAAGCUGGAGACCUGGUUCUGCGUCAUGCCGCCGCCGGCCGGCGAGUUCACUGCGCUGGAGAGGCUGUCCCUCAAAGCCUGCAUCCUGAACCUUGGCACCUUUACGCCACAGUCAGCUGGCGAGUUCCCCGCGCUCAAGACGCUGGCCCUUGACGGCGACAUUGUUGACCUUGGCACCUUCCUGAACCGCUGCCCACGAUUGCACAACAUCAGUAUCACCUUCCGUAGUGUCGCGUCUGGCUCACACGAAGCGGCGCUAGCCACACUCGAAGCUGUGGCGGCACACGGUGGUGUCUCAGUGUCCCUACUCGGCAUCCACCUCGGUAGUGCACAUGGUACCGAUGCCACCCUUCUCCGCGCCGCAGCGAGGCUCUCCCGGCAAGAGCUCGUCUUCACUCACCUAAUUGACACACUAUAUGACCAGAAGUAUAGGAAUGUCAACCUGCCCUGUUUUCCCCAUGCCGUCUCGAUCAAGAUUAAACUGUAUCAAAUCUGCUUCACACGGCUUCUUGGUGGCAAGUUCUCCAAGCUCGACAGUAUGAUCCUUAAAGGAUGCAUCAUCCACGACCUUAGCACCUUGGUUUCCCUCUGCUCAUGCCUUCGUGUGCUGAAGGUGAAGGCAGGUAUGUCCAAAUGUGAGAUCACGAUCCACUCAACAUCGCUGCAGGAGAUUGUCCUGUAUUACUAUACGGAAUGCCGUGGCGUUGACAUUGUGACUCCCAUGCUUAAGCAAUUGACAAUGGAUUUUGAGGCUGACAAAGACAUCAAUGUGUUCAUAUCGGCACCAAUGCUGGAGAGUGUCUCGUUGGAACGCUCUUAUAUAGGUUUGCCCAUUGUGUUUGAUUUUUGGCACCUUCACUCUCUGAGCUUAGAUAGACAGGGGUUGGUCAGAAACAACCAUGUCCUCUAUGUUUCCAUGUAUGCCUUGAAUUCCUCGAGUGUAGAACUGGACUUUGCCCAAGAAAUAGAGAAAAUUCUGAUUACCGACUUCUCUGUAUUGGACCUAAGCCUCGAGGCAAAGGGGCACGUGUAUGGGGCAACUUUGUCGCGUCUCUUUAGCGUGCCCCGGGUUCAUACUGGUUGAAAUUGCUGAAGGUCAUCCUACUGAGAUUGAGGAAGUCCGAGGUGGUACAAUCAUGCCCAGGGAAUUGUCCAUGUGAUUCUCCCAAAAAUUGGAGAAGCCAAAGUAUCUCCAUGGUUCAUCUAGAAGAAGUGGAAAUCAAAGGCCUAAAAGGAGAAGAUCAUGACUUUGAUGUCUUGAAAUUGAUUCUUAGAUGUGCACCGUCUCUUAAAAGGAUGACCGUGGAACUGGAAACUGGGAUUAAAUCACAUGGCCACGGAGAUUGCACCAAGGAAAUCAACAGCAUCUCACUGGAGUAUCCUUCCGUGGAUUUUCAUGUUUAUCUCCAAGGAAAUCAACAGCAUGCGUUUUGAUCACGCUCCUAGGGACUAAAUCAUAUGAUGUGACUCUGGAGGCUGCACCUGCUCUAAGAAUGUCUACACCAUCUCCUUGGGGUAUCCUUCAAUGAAUUUCCAUGCUCGGUUCUCUGGUGAACUUGGUGCUGCAUGCAUGUCCAUCAGCGAUUCCUGGUAUUCAUUUGAAGAACCUAAACUCUUGCUAAAUCUCUUUGAACCUGUUGCCUG